AUGGGCAUCUUUAACAGUUUAACUAGAAUAGCAUGCUUUAGCAAGUCAACUGCCCUCAAUAGCAUGUCCUUGUUGAAUAAGUCAUUAUUAAUAAAUAACAAUAUCAUCGGUAAUAAUAAACUCAUGAUUGAUAGUAGAAGGUGGAAAUCAAGAGGUAAUACUUAUCAACCCAGUACUUUGAAAAGGAAGAGAAAACAUGGGUUUCUUUCAAGAGCCAAGAGUUAUACGAUGAAUAAAAUAUUGAAAAGGAGAAAAGCAAAGGGAAGAUGGUUCCUCUCACACUAG